AUGAGUAGACCGAUAACCCGGAGCAAAAAUAAAAGAAUAAAACAGGAUGAUGAUGGUGUUUGUGCUAGUGAAAUAUGGAGGAAAAUUCACGAAACCGGUGUGAUCACCGGGGAGGAUGUUAAUCAAUUGUAUAUGAUUUGGAAACCGGUUUGUUCAGGCUGCCGUGUUAAUACGAAAGAUAACCCGAAUUGCUUUUGUGCAUUGGUUCCGCCUUUAAAUGGAGCUAGGAAGUCUGGCUUAUGGGAGAAGGUGUCGGAUUUUGUUGAAAGUCUUGGUCCUGAUCCGAACAAGGAUCUUCGUGCUUCUGAUGAUUCUCCUGCAGGUUUAACGAAUCUCGGGGCGACGUGUUAUGCUAAUGGAAUACUACAAUGCUUGUAUAUGAAUAAAUUGUUUCGAGAAGGGAUAUUUUCUGUGGAGCCGGAUGUUUUAAGGCAGCAACCAGUGCUGGAUCAACUAGCGAGACUUUUUUCGCAGUUGCAAGGUAGUAAAUUGGCUUUUGUAGAUUCUUCUCCUUUUGUGAAAACACUGGAGUUAGAUAAUGGAGUUCAGCAGGAUAGCCAUGAGUUCUUGACAUUGCUUCUGUCGUUGCUUGAGCGUUGUCUCAGUCAUUCCAAAGUUCCAAAGGCAAGAACAAUUGUUCAAGAUCUUUUCCGUGGAAGUGUGUCUCAUGUGACAACGUGCUCGCAAUGUGGAAGAGACUCUGAAGCUUCUUCCAAAACGGAAGAUUUCUAUGAAUUGGAGUUGAAUAUCAAGGGAUUGAAAAGUUUAGAUGAGAGCUUGGAUGAUUACCUAACUGUUGAAGAGCUUCAUGGAGACAAUCAAUAUUUUUGUGAGUCAUGCAACACAAGAGUUGAUGCUACUCGCAGCAUCAAGCUGUGUACCCUACCUGAUGUACUUAAUUUUCAACUUAAACGUUGUGUCUUUCUUCCAAAGACUACUACAAAAAAGAAAAUUACUUCUGCAUUUUCAUUUCCUGUGCAACUUGAUAUGCGGCAUAGACUGUAUGAGUUGUCUCAGUUUGAUUUGGUAUAUGACUUGUCAGCUGUACUGAUUCACAAGGGAACCGGUGUUAAUAGUGGCCAUUACAUCGCUCACAUCAAGGACAAAAAUACGGGGCAAUGGUGGGAAUUUGAUGAUGAACAUGUUACUAAUUUGGGUAACCAUCCAUUUGGCGAAGGAUCUUCUAGUUCUACUACUAAAUCCAUUGCAACUGAUGCAACUCACUCAGACUGCUCCGAAGCAAGGAUAGCUGAAAGUAAUGAAAACGGUUUAAACGCCGCUCAUUCACAAUCUUCACUUAUAGAGACAUUUUCUUCUUGUGAUGCUUACAUGUUGAUGUACCAUCUUAACAAUACAAAAAGUAUAAGUGAAAACGGGGGUAUAGUUUGUGGCGCUAGCCAUAGAGAAAUAGGGGGUGUUGUAGCUAGUGAACAAGAUGGUGUUUGUCUUCCUUCUCAUCUUUUUGAUGAAAUUCAAAAUUUAAAUGCCUCAUAUCUUGAUGCUUGUCAAAAAUACAGUCAUGGGAAAGAAUUAGAAUUGAAUCGUAUUACUGAAAGGAGACAAGAAGUUCGAUCUGUGUUAGCUGAAGCUCCUGUUCCACCAUUAGAGCGACCAUUUUAUUGGAUUUCUAGUGACUGGCUUCGCCAGUGGGCUGACAACAUUAUUCCAACUUCUAUUGACAACACAGUCAUCCAAUGUUUACAUGGGAAAGUCCCAGUUUCAAAGGUUACCUCAAUAAAGCGACUGUCUGCUAAAGCAUGGGAUAAGUUGUUUUCCAAGUAUGGUGGGAUGCCAACACUGUCUCAUGAUGAUCAUUGUUGGGAUUGUCUGAUAAACGGGGCUCAGACAGUGGUAUCAGCUGACACCUAUCGGGGUAGAAGAGAAUCAUUGAAGUCACUUGCACGGGAUGUUCUUGAUGGGAACUGUCCAGAUGGAAAGUAUUUCAUAUCCAGACCAUGGUUGCAGCAGUGGUGGAAAAGAAAAGUCCUUGAUGCUCCAUCUGAAGCUGAUGCUGGACUAACAGCAGCAAUCAGUUGUCCACAUGGUCUAUUGAUGCCUGAGCAAGCUCCUGGUGCUAAGCGGGUGCUUAUUCCUGAGACUUUUUGGCUCUUCUUAUAUGAAGAUGCUAUUUCUGUAAAACCUGAUGAUGCUUUAGGUGGCCCAAUUCUUCCUUCAGGUUCUAUAGAGUGUUCCCAGUGCAUUAAUGAAUUAUCUGAAGCGGCAUGCUUGGAGGAUUCUUUGAGAUCAGUUAAACAAAAGCAGCGCCAGAAUCAUGAGAAGUUAUUCCAUGCUAAAAGUAUGCCUCUCUCUGCAGAUUACAAAUAUUUCUUGCUGCCUUCUUCAUGGAUUUCAAAAUGGAGAAAUUACAUCAGUCGAAAAAAUCCAGAUAUACCUGAAACUUUAGACGGGGUAAUUGAUUCACUGAUGUGUGAAAAGCACUCACAACUUGUUGAAAGACCUCCUCAACUGGUUUUCAGACGCGGUGCUAUAUUCCAGAGAGAAUCCUCUACAGGUGGCUUAACUAUCAUAUCUGAGAAUGAUUGGAUAUCCUUUUGUGAAGAAUGGGGUGGUACCAAGACCAAAGGGAUAUCUGCAACAAUUGAGCACAUUAAUGAUUCAGGGAACUUUUUGACUGGGUCCAGUGACAAGAUGUUGAUAUGCGAAGAUCAGUUACAGACAGGGGAUAAAGUGAAAAAUGAAAAUGGAACUGGAAGUGAACAAAUUUUGAUCAAGACUUGUCCCAAGGUUUGUGAAAGUUGCAUCGGAGAAAAAGAAAGCUGUGAAUUAAUGCAUAAACUUAACUAUUGCAAUGAGGAAAUAUGUGUAAUUCUUGUACGUGGUAAGGAGGUACCUAAAUCAAUCUUGGAGGCCUCAAAGGGAUUAACUGAAACAGACCGGCGGGUUUCUAAGCGCUCUCGGAAGACUAAAAAUGGGAAUUCAGCUAGUCUAAAAGUUUCUGCUUCAACAUCACUAUACCAGUUGAAGAUGAUGAUAUGGGAAUCUUUUGGGGUUGUCAAGGAAAACCAGAUACUACAUAAAGGUGAUAGGAUAAUUGAUAUUGACGAUGAGAGUGCUACCCUUGCAGAUGCAAAUAUAUUUGCCGGAGAUCAAAUUAUAGUGAGGGAUUCUGAGAUCCAUGAGAAUCGAGAUAUUGCUGAUGAGCUCUGCAGUGAUAAGAUGGAUCUCCAGCAUACCGAGGAAGGUUUUCGCGGAACACUUCUUACAGCAAACAUUUCAUCCCAGGUUGUUUAA